AGAAAAAAAAGUUAUACUGACUGCAGCAAAAGUAUUAAGCGCUUUCGGUGACAAAACGCCUGAUAAUCAAUUAAGUAUCAAUGAAAGUCAAGUCUCUGAAAAACCAAGUCUCCCAUCAGAAAACUUCAAUAGAAUAUUUGAUGUAAAAUUUGUUGAAAAGUCACAAUUUUCAUUGCCAACUCAGUAUGUUUUUAUGAAAUUAUAUUUUUUUCAAAUUAUUUUUAUUUUUGAUGAGUUUUUAUUUAUAAACUAACUUGUUUGCAGCUUUCUAGUUAUUGUUAUUAUGAUAACAAUCAAUUAACUGUAGGGCUCACAAUUGCAAGACUCUAAAACAUAACAGUAUGAAAGCUAAAUUAAAAACCUUUUAAAAACCUAAAAUAAAUGCAUUGCUUUUUCGAACUGCUGUAGAUCAGUUUUUAUCUUAAUAAAUAAAAAGGACAGUAUUUUAAAAUUACUGGAAACCAUCCUGUUACUUUAAUUUCCCCACUUUAAGCACUGUUAAAUUAUUAUUGUUAUUAUUAUUUUUAUUAGAUAUUAUUUAUUGUUCAAAUCAGUAUUAUAUUGUUAUGAUAUAUUAUUUAUAAAAUUGGUUUUAGGGACUUUUUAAUACUAAAAUAACCUUUAAUAUUAAAAUAACAUGUUCACAUUUUGUCUAUAUUAAAUCAUUUUUGUCUAAAUUGUUUGUGAGUCCUAUGUAAACGGUAGUAUAAAUAAGUAAAUAUCACAACCCAAAAUCAAUAUUCUCAGCAUAAAGCUCAAAUUCAAUAAAAAUGUUGUGUCAUAUUUUAGAUUUCUUUGUUUUUAAAUAUUGAAAAAAUUACCACAAAUAAAGUUGUUAAUGUCUCAUGUCUUUAAUCAAACUCUUGACACCAAUAAAAGAUUUUAAAUUCAUUUUAAGUUUAAAAUUUAGAUAAGAAUAUUUUAAAUUUAUUUAAUUUAAAUUAUUUUUUACUUUUAAAUUCAGUUAUUUAUUUAAUACAUUUUUUAAAAGAUGUUCAAGUUAUUAUUACUUUUUUUAAACAGCAUUUAUAACAUAAAUCAAAUCUUGCUUUAGGUUGCCCUUGUUAUCAACUGAUAUUCAUUUUGAGAUUUUUUCUUCAAACAAGAACAAUCAAAUUUCUCACUGUUAAAAGGUUAAAUAGUUUUUUAAACUUAGUGUCAGCGAAGGUUUUGAAGAAGAAAACAGUUGUUUAUCUGAAAUUCCUAAUGAAGUGUAUGAUAAAUAUUUUAUUGAUGCAACAAGUAUCUUUAUCAUUUUAAACUUUAAUUUCUUUGUUUACCUUUUUUCACUUUAUCACAUACCAAUUAAUAUACAUAUAAUGUGAUUAUUUUUAUUUGUUUUUUUUUUUAAUACUGGUAUUUAUUUAUUAGAGUCAAUAAAGACUAUGUUUCCCAAGAAUCUAGCGUUCAAUCAGAAAGUCCUGAUAAAAUGGCCAUUGAAAGUUCUGCAGAACCAAAGCUUUUAUUAGAAAACUUGAAUGAAAUAUUUGAUAAAAAAUGUGUUGAAAAGUCACAAUUUUCAUUGCCAACUCAUUUUGAUAUAAAAAGUUCUGAAGACCCAAUAUGUUUGUUACAAACUGUAAUUAAAGAAGACUGUGUUUUUGAGACAUCAAGUUAUUCAAGCAAGAAUUUUCCAAAAAAUGUUGGUGAAAGUCUUGCUACUGAGAAUUCAAUUUAUUCAAUUGAAAAUCAUCCAAAAGAAAUGAAGGUUUGUCCAGUAUGUAAAUGGGAAGUGGAUGAUCUUCCCUGUCAUGUGAGGGAGGCAGAUAAUUGGUCAUUAGAAAGUUCUCUGGCAGUAAUUUGUCAAUUCAGAUUAAGAAAGCAAAUGAAAAAAAAAGAAAAGACAAAAUGGAAAAAUUUACAUUAUAAAAAAAUGUGUCCUCUCCCUAAUUGUUACGCAGUUACCAAAAACAUUGGAGAGCAUUUAAAAAGCAAAAAGCAUGGUAUAAAAAUCGGAGAUGAAUACUAUUCUUUGCUUAAAAGUGCGAAGCACUUUGAUUUUAAUUUAAAUCCGAAGAAUAUUCAAGAGUCUCCAAAAAAAUUUUGGUUUGUAUUAUCGCCCAAAAAAUAA